UGCGUGGUUUCAAGCAGGACAUCUGUCGUUGUGUGUGUUGUUUUUUUUCAAGUUUGGUUUCGCCUGCUAUUGAAUAGAGCCAGUGACCUGUCAGUCUUGACUGAUGGGAGAAGGCCGCUGGGAGCGACCCUGUGUGUGGGAAAAUACCGAAGCCAAAGAGUUGGACCAUUCACAUGCUAAUUGUGCCCUAUAAAUAAGAGGGCCACGCAGCGCGCAGGGCCUUAGAGACGCUCUGAAACUCGCUCAGGCAGGCAACAGUGGGCUCAACAUGACCGCGUCCUCUAUGGCUCACAACGUGGGGAGACACUCGAGUGCUAAGGAGGAAAGAAAGUUAAGGAAGCCACUUAUUGAGAGAAAAAGGAGAGAGAGGAUAAACACUUGUUUGGAUCAACUUAAAGAAACGGUGAUCGGAGCGUUUAGACUAGAUCAAUCGAAACUUGAGAAAGCAGAUAUCCUAGAAAUGACCGUGAAACACCUGCAGAACAUCCAGAGUCACAAACGCAAUGCCGAUCCCACGUUAGGCCUAGAGGCGCAGCAGAAGUACAGCACGGGCUACAUCGAGUGCAUGCACGAGGUCCACAACAUGCUGCUGACCUGUGAGUGGAUGGACAAAGCCCUGGGCUCCCGCCUGCUCAACCACCUGCUGAAGUCCCUGCCCAGGUCCACCGACGAGCGCCCCCUACAGCGCACCCCAAGACAAGACACGCCCGCCCUGGCAGAGCUCCCCGGCACACCCCUCAGGGGUGCCGGGGGCCAAAUAGCCUGGCCCCAGGAGAGGGUGCUGCGGUUGCCAAGUAGCCCCAGCCACCACAGUCCCCUGGGUCUGCUGGAGAUGUGGAGGCCCUGGUGAACAUGUGGACUCCAUUGUACUACGAUGUCGAUUCUCCCAUUUUUUGUUAGAGCAUCUUCUGUUAUGUAUCUUAUAGAUAUGCUACUCUGAAAACAACCAUGUAUGGGGCGCUUUUUGUUCCGAUACUUAUGAUUCUAGGUGUGCUAGAUGAAGACCCUUUCCAGUACUUCCUAUCUGAAGUCGAUAUCCCGUAGCCUGCAUUAUAGAAGGCUCCUAUUAAUCUCUCUUGUAUUUAUUGUGUUAACAACUUUAUUUAUUCGAUAUUAUAAGAUGACCAAUGUCUCCGUAGAGCUGUUGUCCAGCACUGUCUUUUGGUUUACUUCCUCCUCUAUACCAUUUGUAUGUUUAACACAAAUAUUAAUAAAAAUAUAUCUUGUAUGCAGUUA